AUGGCAGGCGUCAAAGUACUUGCAGAGUCUUCUGUUGUUCUCGAGUCUGUCCCUUCUAAAUUCAACUUUGUGAAUGAACCAACUGCUUCAAACUCUGAUUCAAUCCCCAUCAUUGAUUUUUCCUUACUCACCUCUUCUCAUCCUGAUCAAAGGUCCAGAGUUAUCCAAGACCUCGGUAAAGCCUGUCAGGAAUGGGGCUUCUUCAUUCUUGUAAAUCAUGGAAUACCAGAAAACGACAUGGAAGCCAUGUUCAAAGCGGCUACAGAAUUUUUCAAUAUGCCGGCAGAGGAAAAGAGGCAGUAUGAACCGAAGAAUGCUUCUGAUCCCAUCAAGUAUGGCAAUUUCAAUGUCACAAAUACCUCAAACCAGACAUUCACCUUAUGGAGGGAUUACCUGAAGCUCUAUGUGCAUCCUGAUUUUCAUUGUCCUCUUAAACCCGAAAUUUUGAGGGAAGCCCUACUAAAUUACAGUGUAAGGACUAGAAAAUUAGCCGGGGCAUUACUUGAAGCAAUAUCAGAAACUAUGGGAUUAGAGAAAAGCUACAUGGAAGAAACCCUAAAUUUGGAGUCAAUGUUUCAAUUAUUUGCAGCAAAUUUUUAUCCACCUUGUCCUGAACCGGAUCGUGCAAUCGGCAUACCACCACACACAGAUCAUGGCCUUUUGACCUUUCUGAUACAUAAUGGGGUAGCUGGAUUACAGAUAGAACACAAUGGAGAAUGGUUUCAUGCCAAUUCACCUCACAACUCUAUUCUUGUUAACACUGGUGAUCAGCUUGAGAUAUUUAGCAAUGGGAGAUGCAAGAGUGUGAAGCAUAGAGCUGUUUUGAAUAACGAGAAGACGAGGAUUUCACUUGUGGUAGCCAAUGGUCCAUCAGUGAACACUGUUCUCGGCCCUGCUCCACCGCUGGUGGCAAGAGAUCGUCGUGCUUCAUAUAUUCCGAUGAAGUAUAAGGAAUAUAUUGAAAAACAGCUAACAAAUUCUCGAGUUGAUGGAAAAUCACUCUUGGAACAAAUGAUGAUCCACGAGAACGAGUUAUGA